AUGAAAACAGAAAACAAGAAACCUCUGAGGUUAAUGGUUUUCCGAUUGAAUCACAUUCACCCCGUCCCCAUACACGACGAGAUGAAAAAUUCCAUUAAGGAAAAAGAAAUGAAAUGGGAAACACAAAAGGGCAAUCAUGUCUUAUCAUUUUCAUCAAAAACAAUAUAUAUAUUUUCUGUUCGUAGUCAACCUUCAAAAUGUUCCGGCAUUCAAUGA